UCUCUCUCUAUUCCCGUCACCAGAAAAAGGCACGACUCAUAUCUUCAGUAGUUUGAUUGAGUUAGUGUGCUCUGCUUUGUUUUGUUAGUUUGACAUUGAUGAAUUGGUUAACUAGCAAGAAUCACCCAAUUAGGGACUUACUGAUCAUAUUGGGUUGUCUCCCUUUUCAUUGUUUUGGACUGAUGAUCUGAAUUUAAUUAUGUGGAUUUGUUUUUGGUGAUAUUUUUGAUCCAGUAAUGACUGUUGUACAAAUUUAGUUAUGUGGAUUUCCUCCCUCUCCUGUUUCCAUUCAGAUCCCAUUCCUCACUACUAUGUUGUCUGCAAAACCCAAUUCCUUUUGUCUCUUUCUCAUGUUUUCUCAUCAGAAACCUCCAACUCAAUCACAUUGACAUACAAACCUUCCUCUUGUUCUUGUCUCUACAAUGAAGACUUCUUGUUGGGUUCUGCUUGUUUCCUUAAUCCUCAGCUUCUGCGCAUCUGGGACUUCCACGAUUGACAAUUACUACCAAGAGAAGCCUUCUUGUGACGUAUUUGAAAGCCAAGAUGCAGGCUUACAGCGGAGUUGCUGUUAUGGGGGCUGUUCAGAUGCAGGCUUACAGCGGAGUUGCUGUUAUGGGGGCUGUUCAACAGCCCGCAUGGCUUAGAGGAGCAGCUUGUCCAACCAGGGGGCGCAUUCCACAUAAAGUGAACCUUAAUUUUGCAAAUACCGCUAGAUCUUAUUCAAAUAUCCAAGGAAGCUUGGUUACCGGGAGGCCAUCCUCUCCCCCAUCAGUGCAGGUGCCUAAAUUUGGAGAUAAUGGAAGUAGCUUCAUAGAUAAUGGCUUAAGUGAGGCUGACCCUGAGGUGCAUGCUAUUGUUGAUAAGGAGAAAGAACGACAGUUCAAAAGCCUUGAGCUUAUUGCCUCAGAAAAUUUCACUUCGCGAGCAGUAAUGGAGACAGUUGGCUCGUGUCUCACAAACAAAUAUUCAGAAGGAUUACCUGGGAAAAGGUACUAUGGUGGAAAUGAGCACAUUGAUGAGCUUGAAAUUCUAUGCCAAAAAAGGGCUCUGGAUGCAUUUCACUUAGAUGGAAAGAAGUGGGGUGUCAAUGUUCAACCAUUAUCCGGUUCUCCAGCUAAUUUUGAGGUUUAUACUGCAGUUCUGAAACCUCAUGAUCGUAUCAUGGGCCUGGACUUGCCACACGGUGGACAUUUGUCUCAUGGGUUCAUGACUCCCAAAAGACGGGUAUCAGGAACAUCUAUAUAUUUUGAGUCCAUGCCCUACCGACUUGACGAAGAAACAGGUUUGAUUGAUUAUGACAUGCUUGAGAAAACAUCAACCCUAUUUCGACCAAAACUCAUUAUUGUUGGGGCCAGUGCUUAUCCCCGAGAUUUUGACUAUCCUCGCAUGAGGAAGAUUGCGGAUGCCGCUGGUGCUUUUCUUUUGAUGGAUAUGGCUCACAUAAGUGGGCUUGUUGCUGCUUGUGUGCUUGCCAAUCCUUUUGACUACUGUGAUAUUGUGACCACAACAACUCACAAGUCUCUAAGGGGUCCAAGAGGAGGAAUGAUUUUCUUCAAGAAGGAUCCAGUUCUUGGAGUUGAUUUAGAAACUGCCAUCAACAACGCGGUUUUCCCAGGUUUACAGGGUGGUCCUCAUAACCACACUAUUGGAGGCCUUGCUGUUUGCUUGAAGCAUGCUCAGUCCCCAGAAUUUAAGGCUUACCAGAAUCAGGUCGUCUCUAAUUGUAGGGCUCUUGCAAGCCGAAUGGUGGAACUUGGAUACAAACUGGUUUCUGGUGGAAGCGAUAACCACCUGGUUCUUGUGGAUCUGCGGCCCUGUGGCAUUGAUGGUGCCCGCGUGGAGAAAAUUCUUGACAUGGCUUCAAUUACCCUAAACAAGAAUUCAGUACCUGGUGAUAAAAGUGCUCUAAUGCCUGGCGGGAUUCGCAUUGGAACACCUGCCAUGACAACACGAGGAUUCACUGAGAAAGACUUCAUAACAACUGCAGACUACAUUCAUGAGGGUGUGCAAAUAGCUAUUGAUGCCAAAGACAAAGCCCCUGCGCCAAAACUCCAAGAGUUUUUAAAGUAUGUUGUAACCCCUGAAUUCCCUCUGAUUGAUCGAGUUUCAGAUCUGCGGACAAAAGUUGAAGCUCUAACCACCCGAUUUCCAAUGCCUGGAGUAUGAGAGCAUAGUGAGACACAUGCUAUAAUCUUCCCACCGGGAGGAUGGAAUUGCAAGGUUAGUUGCUUAUUUUGUAUGUACAACAACUAUUUAAAGAUAGUGUGUGGAUGCCAUCUUGUAGGCAGAUCUGCAGACGCUGCCGUUGAUAUGGCAGAGUAAAAGAUUCUUGUAUGCACUUUUAGGUGUACCGUGUACCACAAGAUUCAUCUUCUAUUUUGUAUGAAGAAGAUGAGGUAGACCUUCAUUUGA